ACUUCUACCGGCGCCGGGAAGCGAAGCAGCAGGCCAUCUCAUUGUGAGAGCCCGAUAGAGUAGGCGCCGAGUGACUGGUUAAUACUUCAUUCACGCCAACUCGUCCCGAAUAUCAAUCCAUCUUAACUGGUCAUGCUUGGAUAGGCCAUUACGAUCCGCUAGAAUUUCUCGGCCUUGUUCCAUUUUGUUACAAUUACUUUUCUUUUUAUCUUCUCAUUUCUCACAAUCCUACCAUGGAGGUAGCCUCACCAAUCGAGGAUGCGGGGGCCAUGGUUGAUGCCCAUCUUCUAAAGGGAUGCUGCUUGGAGGCGGAGAGAUCAGACAGUGUCUGGCUGCGGCUCGAAGGCCUGUUUCUUGCUCUGCCAGAGGCCAAUCGUCGGCAGCUGCGAUCGCUUAUUGACGAGAUCAGGACCACUAGCUUGAUUUUGCGAGAGCUGGCUGACCUGUCCCAAGUUCACCAAGACCGCGUGCCACUGGUGCUGGAUCCUCUGAAUACCGUUUUGCCGUGCCUGUCACGAUCUCUAAGAGACAUUGUAACGCAUUAUGAGAACCGGAAAUUGACCAAAGUAAACCGCUGGCGGACAAUGUUUCACGAAAUGACCAAUGAAGCCGGCGGUCUACAGCUUCCUCAGCGAUUCGUCGUGUAUAAUCACUAUCUUACCGCUAUCCGCAACUUAUUAUCCAGAUCACCUGAUUUUGAUCUCAACAUGAUGGAAGCCUUCCGUCUGCAAAUUCUGAAUUUGCGAGAGGCAAGAGGAAUUCCUCCGCCUCCAAUACAGGCUGGUCCUUUAGUCCGUUACGGGACUAUACCUCCCGUGGAAAAAGAUAAUUCCGUACAUUGGGCCGAGCAAAUCUUUUCUCUACCUCUACCUUCUCGGUCACCUCUGAAGGGCGGGCUCCCAUCCGAAUCAUUUGGACCACAUCGACCGUGGGGUCACUUGACUAUUCCUGCCAACUCAAAAGUUUUGUUUCGACGGCCCGUCGACGAUGACAAAAUCUCCCUCAUCGCCUACUCUGAUGGGCGUGAUGGCUCCCCUUACCUCCUGCUUCGGACCUUUUACAUGGGCGGGCCGUGGUUCUCACUGCGCGGCGUUCAUGAGCUGUGCAUCCAUCGGGAGAAUGAUUCCAUACAAUUCAAAAGAUGGAGCCAUUCCGAAAACUGCUCCAAGCUCUGGGCAACGUUGCGCUUCCAGACCUGGGAAGAGCUGAUCCUCAUGUACUGUACGUUCUUGGCUCUCAAGUCUCGCAACGCUUUGACAGUGCAGCUGGCGACCAAAGAAUACGCUCUCAAGGGCGAACACAAACUCUUUCAAGCAACCAUUCUAGAUGACGGUUUUAAGCAUUCACUCAUUGUUUACGAAGACCGAUACACGGGGGGUCGGCGCAUCCACGUCGCCGUGUGGGAGGGAGAGCUGCGCCAAUGUCCCGUCUGGACAGCCUUUGUAACCCAUCAAUCCACGUCUCCCACCUGGCUCAAACGAGUCAGCCGCAAGAGAAUCCGCUUGGCCGACAUUCAGUUGUACGUUUUCAGCCAGCAGUACAGGCAACAAACACAGCGAAAGGGCACUGGGGGGUCAUUUGAACUUCAGUUUUAUAGCGAAGAAGCUGCUCAAAGCUUUAAAGAUUUGUUUUAUGUCCCAAUCAAAUCCAACACCUCCCGACCCAUCACACCCCGGCCGAUUACACCGAGAAUUGCGUCUCGGCCGACCACUCCAAGGGCUUAAAAUCGAGGGGACUCAAUCUCAUCUAUUAUUUUCUCCUUUGUUGAUUUGGCUUUUAUCUUUUUUUUUUAUCUUUUUUUUUUUUCAAAGUUUUAGCGACUCAAAAAAGGUGCAAUCCCAGGCAACCCUUCACCACAACGCUUCAUUUUCUUUUCUUCUACUAUUUUACACCUAUACCCGCUAAACAUUUAGCGACGAGUUAACGAUGACAUGACUGAUAAUCCGGCGAAUGGCCAACAAUUUCUAUUCUUAUUCUCAUUUGUCUUGAAGUAUGGUGUUGAGAAAAUAAUUCAUUCCCUCACCAAA